UUGGCCCUCUCACGACUAAAUCCUGGCUCCUCCCACUGUCUAUACGAAAAGGAAAUUUAUAAAAAAAAAUCUCGUAAUAGAGCCGGAAAUUGAAUACAUAAAUAUGAAAAAUACAAACAAAAAGUUGAAAUAGAAUUAAAAAGUGUGUAGAGAUAAAAUACAGAAUGAAAACUACCAAGAAGAAAAAUAAUAAUAAAUGAAAAUGAGAUUUUUUUGAGAAGAUUGUAGAUGGUGGAAUUAUUGGUGUAAUCAUUUCAAAGGAAAACACAUAAAACUAACAGAUCAUUAAAGGCGGACCAAUGAAAGAAUAUGGGUGCAAAGAUGAAAAAAAGCCAUGCGACAAAUGUGAAAUUAAUGUUGUUCAUCUAUUUCCAUUUUUUUUAUCAUUGCUCUCAAUUGGAAAAUCCUUAUUUUUAUCAUUAUUCCUUCUUUUCGAAUGAGUUUGAAAUUGUAUUUCAUAUUGAAGAGAAGAAAAAGGAAUUCCAAACAUUUCAGAGAUAGAGCCUCCGGUAAAUGUUGCACAUCUCUCUAGUCCUUCGGUAACAUUCUGUUGUUUGAAUUUGAACGGGCAAUUUGAAAAUUUAUUACCCUAUUUUAGCUUUAUAAAUCAUAAUAUUUGAACUUAAAUUUGUUUUCGCAUAAACCCAUACUAUUCCGUCCAAAGGCUUGCAAACUUGGGGCUUUCGUUCCUAUGAUUGGAGAUUAACGUUGAGAAACUAGAAAGCUCUACUAUCCAGUUAUGGCGAAUGUAAAGCCUAAAAACUUCAUUGUUUCAAGGUCGAAUUCCCGUCUUCAUAAUAUCAACAGUAAUGGGGUGAAAUCCAAAAGUAGGAUCGCAUUAUCCGUAAAGAAAGGAUCUGAACCAGUCAACCACUGGGAUUUUCUGGAUGAGAUUGAGGCUCCCAUGUGGGUGGAUCUUGCUGUAGAGUCCAAGUCAGCGUAUACAGAUGUGGGUGAUGAUUGGUUCAACACCAGCCAUGUGUUCCAUCAAUCUUCUGCCCGUGAAAUGAUAGCUGCAUUUUCAUGCAUCGGAGAGGUACGUACAGGUAUGCAGCAACAAUCUUCCCCAAAGCUCCCACCAUCAGUGUCAAGAUCAAGAGGUAAAGAUUACAGAAACAGGGAAUGGGUGCAAGGAAAUCAAAAGUUAACCAUGGGUAAUAAACAUCCUAUCGUGAGCUUAAACAGUAAUUCUAGCAGCACUAGUGAUAUCUUGUUAGCUCUGAGGAUGAAACGUUGUGCCACACGACCGGCAGUGAGAGUAAUGGGUAAUAGUCACACCGACUCAGCUCAGAAGUCUUCCUCAAGCAAAUCAAGCGUAGGAUCGUCAUACCCUCAAAUGGAGGAUGGAAACAUAAGCCAAACUAAAGACAUAACCCCAGAGAGUAGACAUGUCUUUAGAGUGUCAAAGGUUCAUUAUCAUGCUCGUGCAACACAACGAAAAGCUCUUCUUCCCAAAAGAGGGAGCAUAGUUGUGGUUCCAAAUGUGGUUUCAAAGGCUAAUGAGAGCAAAGGAAGCACAUUCAAAAGAACUGUGGCCAGAGGUAAGGAGAAUGCACCAUGGGCAAUGUCUAUGAGUCAGAAUAAAAGCAGCAGAGAGAGGACAGGGGCUAUAAUUAGAGUUCAGGCUCCCAAAGUUUUAAAGGAAAGAGUCAUUGGAACUAAUGCUAGAUCAACACUGACAGCAGUUAGAGGGCAGGCUCCCAAAGUUUCAAAGGAAAGGGUCCCAGGAGCUAUUGCUAGAACAACACUGACAGGCUCAAAGGUAGCACUAGAAAGUAGAAGGGAAGUGAAGAAUCUCCCGAUUAUUGGUCGGAAGGUUUUCCUGAGAUGAUUUGGUGAUUGUUUCCUGCAAUCCAAAAGAGUGAAUAUAAACGCAAAAGACACGAUUCCUAAGUUUCUUUUGCAUUUGUUACCAUAACCAUUGUCCCAUUUUGUUUGCUUCAGGGCAGUGGCCUUGGCAUACCUUUAACAUUAUAAGGGAAUCAUCAUUUCACUCUUAUGUGAAUACGAUGUUGGUAAGAGCAUAUAUAUUGUCAUGUAUGAAUAUCUGAGCCCCCUUUAACUACUUUGUCUUGGAGUUUUUUGUUCAACUAUCACAUUACUCAUUUACUCCGAA